CCUCCGGAAUCCGGGAAACGCCAACAAGUAGUUUCUCGUCGGAGACGUGCGGCUCAGCUGGGCGCCAAGACUCAGUCCAGCUGCCCCGAGCACCUCGUCCACUCGGAAACCAAAGCAGAACCACUUUUCCUUCGGUCUCGUUAAGUCAUGUCUGAGCCACAGAGAUGGGCAAGAUCGAGAACAACGAGAGGGUGAUCCUCAAUGUCGGGGGCACCCGGCACGAAACCUACCGCAGCACCCUCAAGACCCUGCCCGGGACGCGCCUGGCCCUGCUCGCCGCCUCCGAGCCCCCGGGCGACUGCCUGACCGCAGGGGGCGACAAACUACAGCCCUUGCCCCCUCCGCUCUCGCCGCCGCCGCGACCACCUCCACUGUCCCCCGGCCCCGGCGGCUGCCUGGAGGGCGGCGCGGGCAACUGCAGCUCCCGCGUGGGCAGCGGCGGCGACCACCACCCCGGGGGCGGCCGCGAGUUCUUCUUCGACCGGCACCCGGGCGUCUUCGCCUAUGUGCUCAAUUACUACCGCACGGGCAAGCUGCACUGCCCCGCCGACGUGUGCGGGCCGCUCUUCGAGGAGGAGCUGGCCUUCUGGGGCAUCGAUGAGACCGACGUGGAGCCCUGCUGCUGGAUGACCUACCGGCAGCACCGCGACGCCGAGGAGGCGCUCGACAUCUUCGAGACCCCCGACCUCAUCGGAGGAGACCCCGGCGACGACGAGGACCUGGCGGCCAAGAGGCUGGGCAUCGAAGACACGGCGGGGCUCGGGGGCGCCGACGGCAAGUCCGGCCGCUGGAGGAGGCUGCAGCCCCGCAUGUGGGCCCUCUUCGAGGACCCUUACUCCUCCAGAGCCGCCAGGUUUAUUGCUUUUGCUUCUUUAUUCUUCAUCCUGGUUUCAAUCACAACCUUUUGCCUGGAGACACAUGAAGCUUUCAAUAUUGUUAAGAACAAGACAGAACCAGUCAUCAAUGGCUCAAAUGUCAUUCUACAGUAUGAAAUUGAAACGGAUCCUGCCUUGACAUACAUAGAAGGAGUAUGUGUGGUGUGGUUCACUUUUGAAUUUUUAGUUCGUAUUGUUUUUUCACCCAAUAAACUUGAAUUCAUCAAAAAUCUUUUGAAUAUCAUUGACUUUGUGGCCAUCCUACCAUUCUACUUAGAGGUGGGACUCAGUGGGCUGUCAUCCAAAGCUGCUAAAGAUGUGCUUGGCUUCCUCAGGGUUGUAAGGUUUGUGAGAAUCCUGAGAAUCUUCAAGCUCACGCGUCAUUUUGUAGGUCUGAGGGUGCUUGGACAUACUCUGCGAGCUAGCACGAAUGAAUUUUUGCUGCUGAUAAUCUUUUUGGCCCUAGGAGUUUUGAUAUUUGCUACUAUGAUCUACUAUGCUGAGAGAGUAGGAGCACAACCUAAUGACCCUUCAGCUAGUGAGCACACGCAAUUCAAAAACAUUCCCAUUGGGUUCUGGUGGGCUGUGGUCACCAUGACUACCCUGGGAUAUGGGGAUAUGUAUCCCCAAACAUGGUCAGGGAUGCUGGUGGGAGCCCUAUGUGCUCUGGCUGGAGUACUGACAAUAGCCAUGCCGGUGCCUGUCAUUGUCAACAAUUUUGGAAUGUACUACUCCUUGGCAAUGGCGAAGCAGAAACUACCAAGGAAAAGAAAGAAGCACAUCCCUCCUGCUCCUCAAGCAAGCUCACCUACUUUUUGCAAGACAGAAUUAAACAUGGCCUGCAAUAGCACACAGGGUGACACAUGUCUGGGCAAAGACAAUCGACUUCUGGAACAUAACAGAUCAGUGUUAUCAGGUGACGACAGUACAGGAAGUGAGCCGCCAUUAUCACCCCCAGAAAGGCUCCCCAUCAGACGCUCUAGUACCAGAGACAAAAACAGAAGAGGGGAAACAUGUUUCCUACUGACGACAGGUGAUUACACGUGUGCUUCUGAUGGAGGGAUCAGGAAAGGAUAUGAAAAAUCCCGAAGCCUAAACAACAUAGCGGGCUUGGCAGGCAAUGCUCUGAGGCUCUCUCCAGUAACAUCACCUUACAACUCUCCUUGUCCUCUGAGGCGCUCUCGAUCUCCCAUCCCAUCUAUUUUGUAA